GCGAGACGGGACACUUCCUUUUCCGGUGAAACUCUCAAGAUGGCGGACGUUGAGCAAAAGAAGAAGCGUACCUUCAGGAAGUUCACCUACAGAGGUGUGGACCUGGACCAGCUACUGGACAUGUCCUACGAGCAGCUCAUGCAGCUGUACUGUGCCCGUCAGCGCCGCAGGCUGAAUCGCGGGCUGCGCAGGAAGCAGCAGUCCCUCCUGAAGCGCCUGCGUAAGGCCAAGAAGGAGGCUCCACCCAUGGAGAAGCCUGAGGUGGUGAAGACUCACCUGCGUGACAUGGUCAUCCUGCCCGAGAUGGUUGGCUCCAUGGUGGGCGUGUACAACGGCAAGACCUUCAACCAAGUUGAAAUCAAGCCUGAGAUGAUUGGCCACUAUCUUGGAGAGUUCUCCAUCACAUACAAGCCUGUCAAACACGGUCGCCCAGGUAUUGGAGCCACCCACUCUUCCCGAUUCAUUCCUCUGAAGUAAAGAUGCUUUAGAGUGUGUGUAAAUAAAAGUGACUUCCAACAAAA